CCCCCUUUUGCGCAUGCACCGCCCGCCUUGGGGCCGCCGGGUGUUGUUGUGGGUCAGCGUGGAAGCACGUGAAGAGCGCAACGUCAUCAUAAACACUCCGACAACAUGGCGGCGCCUCCGAGCGGCAAGGUUUUAUAUGAGCAAGAUGGAGUGUUCAUUCAUCCGUCCUGUGGAAAAAAUGAUGAUCAGGAUAACUACAUAUCAGGAGUACUACGUGUUAUAGAGAAGGAAAAUGAAGUUAUAGUAGACUGGAGGCCACAGGAUGAUACUUUGGAUACUUCUAAUAUCCUCUGUGCAGGAAAGGAUUCCAGUUCUGUGGUAGAGUGGACUCCAGCUCCCAAAGAAAAGUCCUCCCGAGGAGCAGACCGUCCAAACAAUUAUGAAGCAGAAUGGGACAUGGUCACCACUGUCUCUUUUAAAAAGAAGCCCCAUUCAAAUGGAGGUGCUACAAAUCACACAAAUGGAGAAAGCACGUGGUCGUUCCUGUUCAGUUUGACAGAUCUGAAAUCAAUCAAGCAAAACAAAGAAGGAAUGGGAUGGUCUUAUUUGGUCUUCUGUCUGAAGGAUGACGUGAAGCUUCCAGCUCUACACUUUCAUCAUGGAGACAGCAAGCUUUUUAUUAAAUGCCUUGAAAAUCAUGUGGUGCUGAGAGAAUCUCCACAAGAUAAACUCAUUCUUCUUGUGAACUCUCAGAACAAGUCUCUGUCUCAAUCAUUUGAAAAUCUCCUAGAUGAACCAUCAUAUGGCUUACUGCAGAAAUGGAAGAAAGAUCCAUACACGGUAACAAUGGGAAGGUUUUCCAAAGUCACAAACUAUAUUUUUGAUAGCUUCCGAUUAAGUGACCCUUCAACUCAAAGGCGACCACCCUCAGAAAUGGCAGACUUCCUCAAUGAUGCUAUUCCAGGGUUGAAGAUAAAUCAGCAGGAGGAACCAGGAUUUGAAGUCAUUACACGACUCGAUCUAGGAGAACAGCCUGAAGUUAGUAGAAGAGAACCUGUGUCAGUUGAAGAAUGGGCUAAAAAUAUGGAUUCUGAAGGAAGAAUUUUGAAUGUAGACUACAUAAAGCAGUCAAUAUUCAAAGGGGGGCUUUGCCAUACUCUUAGAAAAGAGGCGUGGAAAUUUCUUUUGGGAUAUUUUCCUUGGAACAGCACUAAAGAAGAGAGAGCAAACUUGCAAAAGAGGAAAACGGAUGAAUAUUUCAGGAUGAAACUGCAGUGGAAGUCUGUCAGUGAGGAGCAGGAAAAACGAAAUUCAAGAUUAAGGGACUACAGGAGUCUCAUAGAGAAAGAUGUAAACAGAACAGAUAGAACAAAUAAGUUCUAUGAAGGUGAAGAUAAUCCAGGAUUGAUUUUACUCCAUGAUAUUCUGAUGACCUAUUGCAUGUAUGACUUCGACUUAGGUUAUGUCCAAGGAAUGAGUGACUUGCUUUCACCUGUCUUGUAUGUUAUGGAGAAUGAAGUAGAUGCCUUUUGGUGCUUUGUGUCAUAUAUGGAUCAAAUGCAUCAGAAUUUUGAAGAACAGAUGCAGGGUAUGAAGACACAACUAAUUCAGCUGAGUACUUUGCUUCGUUUACUAGACAGUGGAUUUUGCAGUUACUUAGAAUCUCAAGACUCAGGCUACCUUUAUUUUUGCUUCCGAUGGCUUCUCAUCAGAUUUAAAAGGGAAUUUAGCUUUCAAGAUAUUCUUCGACUCUGGGAGGUCAUGUGGACAGGAUUGCCGUGCCAGAAUUUUCACCUUCUCCUCUGUUGCGCUAUCUUAGAAUCUGAAAAACAGCAAAUCAUGGAAAAGCAGUAUGGCUUUAAUGAAAUAUUAAAGCAUAUCAAUGAACUGUCCAUGAAAAUUGAUGUGGAAUAUAUACUCUGCAAAGCAGAAGCAAUUUCUAUGCAGAUGAUGGAUUGCAAGGAAUUGCCUCAAGCAGUCAGUGAGAUCCUGGGGAUAGAAAGCAGUUCUGUAACACCAGAUUCAGAUGCUGGUGAGGAUGAAAGCGGAACUGUGCUGAGCUGUCCUACAUCAUUGUAUCAGAGUAUCUCAACACCUGUAAUUGCUGCCAAUGGAACAAGAGACAGCACUCAGCAGAUGUCUGAGAUGCAGAGCUUGGCACCUGCGUAAUUGCAGCUGAUUAAGUUGAAGAAAGACUAUACUGAGCACGUUGUCUCCGAGCACUUGAGAGAUGGAUAUUUAAAUUUGGUGUCGAUUAAGCUUUAAGGUUGGAAAGAAAAUCUGUACUGUAAUGCUCUUGCAUUAAAGCUUUACAACAUGACUCAACUUAACUAUUUUUGUAGUUUCUUCUACCAAAAUAGCCUUUUGUUUUCAAUAACAUUCCUUAAUAUUUUUGUAGCCAAGUGCAUUUUCUUUUUUCUGGUGAACUGGAAACGGAUGGUGAGCAAAGAGGAAUUGGGAAAUGAUGCUGAGCUUUCGCACGCAUUGAUCUGAGACGGUGCGAGCUCUUUGAUUGGAGCAGAUCCGCAGUUGUGCAGCUGAAACUGCGGUACAAAAUUGACACGCUGAAGAGAUGCCGAUAUGUUAAAGAGAAUUUUGUAAAUGAAUGGGUUUUCCCUAUUUCAAAUGUUUACAAAAAUACUUCUAAGUAUUUGUUGCUGGUUGAAUGUAGAUUUGAAAUGGACAUUUUUACUUAGGCAGUUUAAUGUCCAAAUACUGAAUUUUGUGUAACUGGGAGUGGAUGAACGGUAUAUUUUUGCAUUAACAUAUCUUCACUUUAUAUAUGCAUAUAUAUAUAUAUAUUUACACACAUACACUAUAUACACAGAUGUUUGUGAAUACUAGAAGAGUAGUCAUAUUUUCAAUAUCUGAAUAAACCCGACUGUUCAUUCAUAUGAAUUGGUCUGACCAAAUUAAUGCGCAGCUCCAACUCGGGCUCUUUUUCAGAACUCUUUUCUAACUGAAGGUAACUCCUGUGAAUACAUUCAGUCUUACAUUUGAGGUAAUUUUGCGAUGGUUUCUUGCAGACUUUACUAAUGUUUUAUCUUUGCUAAUAUAUUAACUGAUCAAUUAACUACUUACACUGUUUUUAUGCCAAGAUUAUUUGGAGAAUUAAUAAACAGGUUAUUAAAAAGUAAACACAAUUAACAUUAAUGCUUUUCUUUUUUGUAUAUGCAAAAGGCAUUGUGAGUUUAUUUCAGGCCGUGCUGAUGUCUUUGACGUUAUGUGAAAUUUAACAUAACUGAUACAGUGUAUUCAUUUAUUUGGUAACUACUGUACAUAUUAUAAAAUAAAAAUCAAAGCUAA